AUGAAACCACUGAAGAGCAUUGUAAUUUUAUCGAGUUUAUUAAUUCGUGAUUAUAGGGAGUAUAAGAGGAAUUUUCAUCUAUUAAUUUUUAAGUCAUCAAGUCAGGCUCCAGGAGUCGAUCUAAUUUCUAUUGAUUCAAAAACAGUCAAAAAUCAAGUUAUACCGAACUAUUUAACAUCACUGAAGUUAACGCUAACUCUGAAACCCAAUGUAUGGCAAUCGAUAUAUUUUCAACUUUAUGCUCCAGGUGCCUACCAAGAAUACAUAUUAGUCAAGCCAAUAAUGCUAAGCCAAUCAACAUCAUUGCCAUAUGUCAGCUCAGUUUCGGACUCUUUGGAAAAUAUGGUUUAUAUCAGUAUAGAUAAAGCUUAUUACGAAGGAAUUGCAACCGAUCAAACGACUUCGGCAGCAAAUCAGUUGACUUACCGUAUCCUAAUGUUCACUGCAAAUUCUGUCAGACCACUGGUCAAUUUCACUUACAAUCUGACAGUCAAUUCAAUCUCUAUAUUUGGGAGCUUCAUAUUUAUUACCACCACUCCAGCAGCAUUUACUACAACUUUUACAAAUACUUGGACUUUAAUUUCUCCAAGUGCCACUGAUGUAUAUAAACAAAUGUGUACUGGAGGACCGUUUGAAUUUAAUUUCAAUAUGUGUCUGGCUGAAAGACGUUGUUCAUUCUUUACGUAUUGGAUCAACAGAAUUGUGAAUGGUAUUGCAGCUCUUAAUGUCACAAAAAUAGAUGUAUAUAAAAGUGGUUCAGAUGUGUGGCUCUCAACCUCAUUCUCUAUAAAUUUGACAUCUGAACGUAGUUAUGUGAGAGUGGAUUACGGCCCAUUAUGCACUAGUAAUCAAAAUGCUUAUUGUUUGUUAAUAUACUUCGAAAAUAUCACAAACAUUGGUACGGUAAGUGUACCCAUAAUGCGAAACACUCUGAGUCUUUCAGUGGAUAUCCAGUUGAGUGAUAGUAAAAUUGUAGAAAACGGAACUGUUUGGCCGUUGCAAAUCACUGGUCGAUUCAAUGCUGUCACUAAUAUUAGCAAAAUAUCUGUGAGUUGUGUAAGAACUGGGUCAGAAAAACCAUCAAUUCACGUUGUACUAUCUCAACUGUCAUCGUUCACAUUCAGUGAUUAUCCUGAUAGAGAUGUGGUGUAUCUUCAGACAACCGUUCAAAUGAUGAAUGGUACCGGAUUGGAAUGUGAAAGACAAUCGAUAAUUUUCUAUCUCAGUCCAGAAAUAAAAUCAAUCAUUGUAGUUAAUCAAACAGGCAACAUAGAUAAUGUAACAUUGAAAACUCCUUUAAACCCGGUAACUAAAUCAGUUCAGUUCAUAGCAGGACGUUUAUAUUUCGGUGCAAAGUAUGAAGUCAUCUUUAGUCUGAAAUUUAAUCCAUCUCUUAGUACAACCAUUGUGAAAUAUCCAAUUCUAGUCGAAAUUGUGUGCAAACCCUAUGAACGUGGUAGUCCCGUAGUGAAUAGCUGCGCAAAACAAAAGUUUUACAAGUUCAAAUCUCAUCUGCGUGUUCAACUUGACUACACUUAUCCUCCCAACUUACCUCAUUACGUUGCAAUGCGGAACCCUUUGGUACAGUUGCCCGACCGUCAAGCAAAUACAUUUCUAAAUGUUGGUGAUCUUUUGUUUUAUUGUGCACGUGCGUUUAGUAUAAAAGGUUCAUUAGAUUUGGUGAGACGAUGUUUCAAGAUUAGUAAAUUGCCUGAAAGAAUUUGGUUUGAUGUCGGACCAUCUGUUGAACAGAUUAUAGCGUACACAAAUCCACUUAGCAUAUUGUUCGGUUUGGGAGCAAAUGGUGGAGGUGUAAUGAUGAGUAAGGAUAUGGGGAAAACAUGGAUUUCAAUCAACCCAUUCAUGUAUCAAAACACUUUAAAUACGUCGACUGAAAUCAUUACAGCAAGUGUCAUACCAUGGAUUUCAUCAACUGGAUCAAUUGACAAUACAGUGUCUGAGUCAUUUUGCAAGAUGCGAGUGGCUAAUCAAUGGAAUGGUAAGUAA